AUGAAUUCAAUUAAUAUUAUCAAUGUCAGUGAAUUAUCUGACGAGGAGAAUUGGUCAUUGUUUAGAAAGCUAGCUCUUUCUGAAAGACCUCCUGAUGAGUAUGAAAAUUUAGAAGAGAUUGGUAGGGAAAUAGUUAAGAAGUGCAAGGGGUUACCUCUUGCUACAAUAACUAUUGGGAGGUUGUUGCAAUUUAAAAAAUCUAAAGAGCAAUGGCAACGUGUUUUAGGUAGUGAACUGUGGAAGGCUAAAAAUGUUGAAAAGGGUUAUCUUGGGUUAGAAAAAGAUGAUCAGAAUGUAGAGAUAAUUGGUGAAGAGUAUUCUGACUAUUUAGUGACGAGAUCUCUUCUACAAGCAAAUGGAUCUUAUAAGUAUAAAAUGCAUGAUAUAGUGCAUGAUUUUGCACAAUUUUUGGGUAACAAUGAAUGUUUAUCUGUAGAAGUCUAUGGUGUUGAAGACCCACUUGCAAACUCUUCUCAUGACAAAGUUCGUCAUCUAAUGUUAACUCUUAAUGGAAUUGGAACUUCAUUUCUUGAAUCUACUUGGGUUGAGAAAUUAACAGGCCUUCGAAGAUUAAGUGGAUUCGUCAUACGAGGUGGUGGUGAUCAUGAUAACAAAGCCUGUAGUUUUGAAGGACUGAAAAAUUUGAAUCGUCUUGAAGGGAGCCUUACAGUAAGAGGGUUGGGAAAUUUAACAGAUGUGAGUGAUGGUAAACUAACAGAAGUACUUAAAAAUGAGGAAAAACUCCAUCAGUUGAAUUUGGAAUUUGAUAAAAGUGAAGAAGGGGAGAGAUUACGUGAUGAUGAUGAACUAAUACUUAAAACCUUGCAACUGCCACCAAAUUUAGAGGAUUUAUCGAUAUGGUACUACAGAGGCAACACAUUUCCCUCCACUUGGACGACUUUAACCAAACUGAAGGUGUUAAGGCUUCGCGUUUGCUCCAACUGUAAGCAUUUGCAUCAUUUGGGAAAUUUGCCACUCCUGGAAUUACUAGAUUUAAUGGCAAUGUCCAGUGUGAAAAAAGUGGAUGACAAUUUUUGGGGAAUAGAAAGUGAGACCUCAUCAUCAUCUUCAUUGUGUGUUCACUUUCCCAAGUUGAAAGAUUUCAGAUUUUGGUACACCAGAGAAUGGGAAGAGUGGGAUUGCAAGGUGGAGGAAUUCAUGCCAUGCCUUGCUAGUUUGAGAAUUGUACUGUGCCCCAAGUUAAAGGCACUGCCAGACAACCUUCUGCAGAGGACAACACUCAAGCGAUUGGAUUUUAGUCAAAGUCCUAUUCUAACUGAACGAUACAACAAGGAAACAGGAGAGGACUGGCCCAAGAUCUCUCACAUCCCUUAUAUCGAGAUUGAUUGUAACCGUGUGCAACAUGAGCAAUAA